GUUCACACCUCUCUUUCUUCUAUAUAAUUCACCGUUUCCCUUCACAAACCCAUCUCGAAAUUUCCACAAUCUGCCCUAUUUUCUCAUUCAAUCGUCAAGUUUUUUGUAGUAUCAAUGGCCGGUGCUAUCAAGGUCCAUGGAAUCCCCACUUCCACAGCCACAGGUAGAGUUCUAGCUGCCCUUUACGAGAAGGGUCUUCAAUUCGAGCUUGUGAAUGUCAAAUUACACGAAGGUGAACACAAGAGAGAGCCCUUCCUCUCAUUGAAUCCCUUUGGUCAAGUUCCUGCGUUCCAAGAUGGAGAUCUCUCGCUUUUUGAAUCUAGAGCGAUCACGCAAUACAUCUCGGGAAAUUAUGCUAGUAAUGGAACCCAAUUGGUUCCUCAAGAUCCCAAGAAAGGGGCGGUUGUAUUAACAUGGAUUGAGGUGGAGAGCCACCAUUUUGACCCAGUAGCCAUGAAACUGGUGUUUGAGCUGUGCUUGAAGCCAGUUUUUGGAUUGGGUGAUGCAGAUCCUGCAGUGGUUGAGCAGAGUGAAGCUGAUCUAGGCAAAGUUCUUGAUAUCUAUGAGAAAAGACUGUCUGAAUCAAAAUACCUAGGAGGUGAAUCCUUCAGUUUGGCUGAUCUUCAUCAUCUCCCUGUUUUGGGCUACUUGUUGGCCACACCAUCCAAGAAACUGUUUGAAUCUCGACCCCAUGUCAAUGCUUGGGUGGCUGAUAUCAUAGCCAGGCCUUCUUGGGCUAAAGUUCUUGAACUUCGCAAGUAAUUGAGUCUUAGACUUUGCAGCUGAGUCCUUCACUUGAUGUGUAUGUUUUCAUCAUAUCAUCGUAAACUUGAAUAAAAGGCUGUGUUCUGUGUUAGUCUUCUCCAGGUACUGGAGAUUGGUCUGUCUUUUUUUUUUUUUUUUUUUUUUUUUUUUUUCUUUUUAUCUCUUGUUUUAGAGUAUCAUGUAUCCAGAUUAGUGCUUCUGGAUUUGAUGUUAUGAAUAUGAAUUAGAUCUUAUAUGAUCAUCUUCAAAA